AUGGAGAAUGAAGAACAACAACAAGUUCUGAAAGAAAUUCAAACCUCUAUAGAAAUCCAUCCCCAGAAAAACUACCUUCACUACUAUGCCCACAAGCAUCCUUUAAAGUUGUACCAUGAAGAUGAUGGUAAUGAUCACAAUCCUAAUCCUUUCAUCAUCUGCUCCGGUUGCUCUUUACCCAUUAAUGCCUCCUCGAACUCAAACUCAAGCUCAAACUACUGCUGCAAAAAAUGCAGACAAUUCUUCCAUAUCUCUUGCGCAGAAUCUCCGACAACCAUCCAUCACCCAUUUCACAUGUCACAUUCUCUUUCCCUCCUUCAAUCCCCGCCUCAGCCCGGAUUAACGAUCUGCUCCGCCUGCAACCACAACAUCAUCCCAGGAUCUGCUAAUUCUUACGGAUGUCUUGACUGUCGAAUCUUCUUCCAUGACUUCUGCUUACAACUGCCACCCAAGCUUAAACACGACCUCCAUUCUUAUCAUCUCCUCUUUCUAAUCAGUUCCGAAAAUGAUUUUAAAUGCAGGGGAUGUUCUACAACCUGCUCUGGCUUCAGUUACAGUUGCCGGAAAUGUGAUUUCCCAUCAAAAUUCUGCCUUUCUUGUAUGUUUUCUCCACCAACAAUCCUGGAGUGUAGCGAUCAAGCUGUGGCCCACGUUCUUACCAUCCACUCCGCCUCGAGUUUGGAUGAUUCAACUUCUGUUUGUAGGGUUUGUGCUAAGGAAAUUGGUAGUGGAAUGGCUUUCUUCAGGUGCAGCUUAUGUCGAUUCUAUCUCCAUAUCCAUUGUGUCCUUCAACCCACUUUCGAAAGCCCGCAUCACAGACAUAUUCUCCAGCUUCACGAAGAAGAUCAAGAUGAAGAAGACGAUGAAUUUGAAGAUGAGGAACUUAUAUGUGACCACUGUGAGAAAACAAGAUACUCAAAUCUUCCUGUAUAUCAAUGUCCUCAAGCUGGCUGCAGCAUUGUUGCGCAUUGUUAUUGCGCACUCAUGGAGGAGAAUCUAUCAAUUGCUCAUAAACUUGGAGAUGAAAUAUCCAUUGUUGUGAUAAAAGACCCUCCUAUUACAUUGAGGGAAGAGAUUGUUUGGUGUUGCGAAAUGGAGUUGGAGGAUUUAAACGAUCUCGUUGCUAAUAACAUCAGCGACGGAAAUGAAUGGUCAAACGAGGCGCUAACUACUGAAUUCUCAAUGCUUUCUAUCCACCCUUUAUUUACCGAGUUCUUUGAAAAUUACGAGCCUCGAGUAGUGGAGAAUGCGAUGGAUUCCAUUAAUCUAUAUCAUGAUUCUGUUGUGGUUGGGGUUUGGGAAUACUCUAUAUCAAGAACGCUAGCACCGGUGAUGGAGCUCUUGUUUGCUAACUAUGGGGAUUUUAGUAAGAACUCCAUAUUGAGUAGUUCAAGGCCGAAGAUAUUAUUCUUCAAUGUUUUAUGCCACGCCAUGUUUGAUAUUUGUUGCACUAAAGACGAAGAGAUCACCAAGUUUCAUCUUUGGUCUUGGUUGGAUUGCUUCAAGUUUGUUCAUUCCUUCGGAUUCGAGAUUCAUUUUGCACGUCAGAGGUUUAAGAAAGCUUUCAACGCAUUCUUCGGGAGUGUUCAUGACGACGAAACUAUGGACAAACUAGAUAUGGAGAUGAAAAGGCUUGGGGAAGAUGUGGAGGCGUCUAAGUUGCAAUUCUCGACAGCUCAUUGUAUUACAUCUAUCAUGAAUAAGGAUUCUAUAGGAGAAAUAAUUAAAUUAGAGGUAUCGAACUCACCUGGCAUUUUGUCGAACACCUCGUGGAACCAAUACAUGAUUGAGACACGGCGGGAGCAGGCGUCGUUGAUGAUGAACGUAACGGAUUUACUCUUCCCGGAAAGAGAAUCGAGUUUGGAUGGUUUUUCCGGCUUCAUGGACAGAACCAAAGAUAUGACAUUAUGGGAUUACGACACUCUGCUUGCGAAGAUUGAACGUUUCUUCAUAAUUAGGAGUCAAGAGAAUUUAGGAGGAGGGGGAGAUACAGAAAUGGUGAUUAGUACCGAUAUUUGUUCUUCCAAUUGUGAGCUACGAUCGAUUGACAUUCCAUUCAAUCUUUGCACAAAAUGCGAUCUAUUAGUUCAAACCGGCUGCGAUAUGUUGGAAAAAGUGUCUUGUCUCGACUACGGCGAUCACGAUCUAUCCGCCAUUGCUAAUGCUCCUUCCCCUUUCGACCUAAUACGAGAAGAAGGUUUCUAUUACGCGAUCGACAGAAGUUGUUGCGUUUGUGCUCUUCCAAUAUGGGGCUCAGCCUACACCUGCGACGACCACCAAACCCUAAUCCACAAGUUUUGCAUUAACUAUCCACAAGAGUUCCAUCACAUCCGUCUUCAUCCAGCGCACACACUCUCGCUCGAUUUAGAACCAACGAAUUCGGAAUCGACGAGAAUUUGCAAUGCAUGUGGAGACAACUGUCACUACGGCCAAAUCUAUAGCUGCAAAAACUGCAAUUUCUACCUAGAAUCAAAAUGCACAUUCAGAGAAUUGUUGAUGAUUAGAAGCACAUUACACGGUCAUCAGCUCGCGCUCGUCGAACAAAACACGAAGCGCGAUCCAAAACGCGACUGCAACCAGUGUAGGAAAGAACUUCCUUGCUCUCCGUAUCUCCACUGCGGACUAUGCGACGUGAGCUUCUGCGUCUGGUGCGCUCUUCCGUCUAAAGCUGCGUAUUCUCGUCACUACCAUGAGCUAGGGUUUGUUCAUUCUUACGUUGAAGAUGAAAGUGGAGAAUAUUAUUGCGAUGCUUGCGAACAACGAAGGGUUCCAAACCAUCCGGUUUACCGUUGUAUGGAAUGCGCAUAUGUUGCUCAUAUUGGAUGCGUCGCCUCAGAUUUGUACAAUAAUUAA